UGUUCUCAGUGUCAGUCAGUACUAUUCCAUCUGUCGGUCCGAGCUGAGUAAACAAAUAAAUGUUUGACACGUGUACGUUUUUAAUUAAAUUUCGGAACAUCAAGUACAAAUACACAAGCUAAAUUAUAAGUUAAAACCAGUGAAAAUUAAUGCCAAAAUCCAACUACCUCAUAAAUAUGGCCAAUAAAUUUUAUUAUUUUGGCUUUGGCAGCAAUAUGCUAGCCAGUCGAAUUCAUAUACAAAAUCCCACAGCCAAGAGAAUAGGAGCCGGUCGAUUGGAAAACUACCGCCUGGACUUUCACACAGGAUCUAAACACUGGUUAGGAGCACCAGCCACUAUUGUACCCACUCUGGGAGCCCAUGUUUAUGGAUCCAUUUGGGAGAUUGAUAUGUGCAAUCUUAAAGAUUUGGAUGACCAGGAAAGUGUUCCUCAAGGCGUUUACAUUCCAAUUAGUGUUUCGGUUCACUCUCUAACUUCAGAUACGAGUAUUACUUGUCGCGCCUAUCACCUCACAAAUCAGCCUCAGUCGGCGAUACAUGCCAACGGUACCCAGGAUAAUAAUAUCCCUUUCGAUCGUCAACCCUCCAAAACAUAUCUCAAGGUGUUGGUAAAGGGAGCCAGGGAAUCCGGAAUCCCCGAAGAUUAUAUCAAAUGGUUAAAAGGCAUCAAACAUAAUGGCAAAGAAGUGCCGGCAAUGGAGAAGAAACUUGAAUUGGACAAAGUGGAACUAAGUUCCUAAGGAAUUAACUAAAUAGGGAAAUAAGACACUCUUAUAAGAAGAUUACUUAAUUUUUACUGAACGAUUGUUUUAGAACUGACUUAUGUACAAAUAAAAUUACAUGUGCACUGUA